UUGCAUCAAGGCAAGAGAAAGGUCUUAACAACGGAAGGUAAACCAGCUCUAAUUCACAAGACGUCAGUGAACUGUUCGAACUUCGAAAUAAAGUUCCCAUCACCACUAUUCGUCUUCGGCGAGAAAGUUCGCACUCGCGCUAUCAGCUGCAAACAAACAACAAUGGUUGCGCCUCUGCAUCUACUGCUGUUCGCCAGUAGGAAGGUUGAAUGGGUGGAUAACGUGGUCCGCCUAGACAACUGGCUGAACUUCGAGAUGUCCCCGUACACGGGGGCGAUGGUGGCAGCGCUGCGGCCCGCCAUCGAGCGGCUCGUCAAGCGUGCUGCCGCCGAGCCCGAAACAGCGCUGCAGUUCUCGCCUAAUGAACAAAAGUUGGUAGACGUUAUAAGGGCUCUAUGCACCAUAGAGGCCGGCGACUUUAACAUCACGCGCGACGUCAGCGCACCCGCCUUCCACUCCGACGGGCCCAAGCGCGGGGCUAAUAAUACCAGAGGCUGGGGGACUAGUGGACCCAGAGGUGGGGGAGGAUACGGGAGUCAAGGUUUCGGUGGUAACCGUGGUGGUUUUGGUGGCAACCAAGGAAACGGGUUCGGAAUGAGAGGUGGUUUCGGCAAUGGAGGUGGUUACGGAAAUGGGGGUAACUUUGGAAAUAGGGGUGGGGGAAAUGGGGGUAACUUUGGAAAUAGGGGUGGGUUUAGAGGAAAUUGGGGUGCAUUUGGAAACAGGGGCGGGUUCGGAAAUAGAGGUGGGUUUAGAGGCGGUAACAGAGGAUGGAGAUCUGGCCGUGGAAUGUUCUAG